GAAUGCGAAUGUAUGGCAAUGUAUGCAAUGUAUGGCACGACUGAAGGCAUACACAAUGAGAGCAAUGUAUUGGUGUUGUUGUGAUUGGCGUUCAAUUUGAUUGCAAACACUGUUGUCCUAAACACUCAUUACAAUCGCAUUUACGCCACAAUUAACGCCAUUUCACUCAUCAAACAAAUGGAUGGCCAAUCACUUUGGACACCAACGCGACCAUCACUUUAGCUGAUCCGACCAUUAGGUGCACGUAUUUGACACAUAAGUGGUGCCAAAAACACAGAUAUUGUGUUUAGGGAGUGGUUGUGGACUACAAUCGACCGCAACAUUGACCACAACCACAACAAUACCGACAAUAAUGUCUUCGCGAUCGUCGGUCUCGGAGCUGAUUGUGGGCUCGAAGUAUCGUUUGGUCCGUAAGAUCGGUUCCGGCAGUUUUGGGACCAUUUAUUUGGGUAUCAAUACGACGAGUGGCGAAGAGGUGGCCAUCAAACUGGAGAGGACUAAAGCCCGUCACCCGCAGCUGCUCUACGAGUCUAAGCUCUAUCGGCUAUUACAGGGCGGCGUCGGUAUCCCUCGUAUACUAUGGUACGGUCAGGACAAGGAGUACAACGUGUUGGUGAUGGAGCUGUUGGGCAAGAGUCUGGAGGAGCUGUUCAGCGCCUGCGGGCGUCAGUUCACGACGAAGACAGUGCUGAUGAUCGCCGACCAAAUGAUAUCGCGCGUCGAGUUUAUGCACAGCAAGAACUUCAUCCAUAGGGACAUCAAACCCGAUAACUUCCUGAUGGGAAUCCGACCCCAAUGUCAUCGACUCUUUCUCAUUGACUUCGGUCUCUCCAAGAAGUACAGAGACGUGCGGACCCGCGAGCAUGUGAUGUAUAGGGAGGGCAAGAACCUGACC